AUGAUCCCAUCCCACGAACCUGCCGGCGUCAUUGUCCAAGUCGGCGCAAGCUGCGGCAACGACUGGAAGGUUGGCGAUAGGGUCGGAGCACUUAACUUCAAGAACUCGUGUGGGAAUUGUAGUGGCUGCGGGCUGGCAAAACGGACAAGUAACAAGCUGGAUCCCAGGUUCUGUGACAACCGAGAGACUGCGGGCUUCCAGCACGACGGCGCCUUUGCCGAAUACCUCGCCAUAGACCCCGAAACAACAGUCCGCCUGCCUCCAUCGCUGUCGUUUGAUCAAGCAGCGCCGCUGAUGUGUGCCGGCGCAACGGUAUGGGGUUCCUUGGAGAGGGCAACGGCCGGGCUGAGUCCCGGAGAGCCCGUGGCGAUCGUCGGCAUCGGCGGUCUCGGCUUCCUGGGCCUGCAGUUUGCGGCUGCGAUGGGCUUGCGCACGAUCGCUGUCGACAGUCGGCCGGCGGGGAGGCAGCUGGCCUUGGAGAUGCCCAACGAGAACCUGCGGCCUGCGCUGGUCGUCGACUCGGGUGCGAAAAAUGCCACAUCGCAGAUCUUGGAUUUCACAAACGGGGAGGGGGCCGCGGCCGCGGUGGUAUGCACCGACUCGCUAGAGGCCAACAACUGGGCCUUGACCCUGCUGCGGACCGGGGGCGCAAUGGGUGUUUUGGGCUUUCCCGCGGAGAACUGGAGAUUUGACCCCAGCGUUAUUGUCUUCAAGGAAAUCACGAUUCGGGGAAGCUAUGUUGCGAGCAGGGAUUCUACGGAGCGGAUGAUGAAGACUGUGGGAGAAGCUGAUAUCCGAUCUCACAUAACCCUGGUUCCCUUCGAUGGAAUCCCCGGCAUUGUGGAAGCCUACCAAGACAGUGCCUUCAAGGGCAGACUAGUUGUUCAAGUGACAACUUAA